CUAGUUUUGCUGGAGGUGAGGUUUGGUAUCAUUUUUGACACAAUCGAAGGAUUUUACAUAAUAUUUAUGACAAGAGAGUAUCAUUAAUUUCAGCUGAGAUUUCUGUUCAAGCUGAGGAGAAAUAUAUUCCAGUAUGUCUCAAGACAGCAUAAUCUCUGAAAAAUCCAGAUCAUCCGGAGUUAAAAGUACUCUUGCGCAUGCCUAGAAGACGCCAUUUUGAAGGUGAAACUUUUGAUGGUCAUUCGCUAUAUGAGUGGAUCAUGGCCUCAUGUAAUCAGGUGUGAGAGUGUAUGCAAGUUGAAAGAGUACUUAGUACCAUUGAGUGCUUCAAGCAACUCCCACGUUUGGGAAGCAUCAGGUGCAGAACUUCUGGGUGUUUUUAAAAUUACUGGAAUAUUAUGCCAGCUGUACCCAGACCUGGUAGCUUGAAGGACCCAGAGAUAGCUGAGCUUUUUGACAAAGAUGAUCCUGAGAAGAGAUUUGAGGAUUUGCGUGAGAUUGGACAUGGAAGUUUUGGAGCUGUGUACUAUGCACGUUGCUUGGUCACCAAGGAAAUUGUUGCCAUCAAAAAGAUGUCCUACCUUGGGAAACAGAGUUUGGAGAAGUGGCAAGAUAUCCUGAAAGAAAUUCGAUUCCUGAGACAACUGAACCACCCCAAUACAAUUGAAUAUAAGGGUUGCUUCCUUCGAGAUCACACGGCAUGGCUUGUGAUGGAGUAUUGUCUUGGAUCUGCAUCAGACAUCAUUGAGGUGCACAAGAGGCCAUUGAAAGAGGAGGAGAUAGCGGCCAUAUGUGAUGGUGUACUACGUGGCUUGAGUUACCUUCAUGCUCUGGGGCGGAUACACCGUGAUGUAAAGGCAGGCAAUAUUCUGCUUACAGAAAAUGGUACUGUCAAACUGGCGGAUUUUGGUUCAGCAAGCAUCAAAUGUCCUGCAAACAGCUUUGUGGGAACACCAUACUGGAUGGCACCUGAAGUAAUACUGGCCAUGGAUGAGGGACAGUAUGAUGGCAAGGUGGAUGUAUGGUCUUUGGGAAUCACAUGUAUAGAGUUGGCUGAACGUAAGCCACCCUAUUUCAACAUGAAUGCAAUGAGUGCCCUCUAUCACAUAGCUCAGAAUGAGACGCCCUCGUUGAGUUCCCCUGAAUGGACUGAUGUGUUUAGGCAUUUUGUUGAAUCUUGUCUUCAAAAGAACCCCAACGAAAGGCCCACAUCAGGAAGGCUCCUAUCGCAUCAAAUGGUGACCCGGACCCGCUCACCGCAUGUUCUAAUUGACCUGAUCCAACGUACGAAGGCAGCAGUGCGAGAAUUAGACAAUUUGAAUUAUCGCAAAAUGAAGAAAAUUCUUAUGAUAGAAGCAUUUGAAAAUGAGAGCAAUGUGGGUGAUGCAGAUGACACCCCCGAUGAGCAAACUGGAGGUGACAGCAGUAAAAGCAACAGCAUCACCUCUGAACACUCUUUACAUUCAGUGGGUGUGAGUGCAUCAUCACAGAGUAGCUCCACUAAUAGUCUUCCACCUUCUGCUGAUGGAAAUGACACCAGUUAUCCUCCCUCCAUGCGCAAUAGACACCAGGCCAGUAACUCAAAUGCCAUCCAGGACCAUGGAGCCAAUAACUUUGCAACCAUCCGAACAACAUCCAUCGUGACAAAGCAGCAGAAAGAACACAUGCAAGAAGAGAUGCAUGAGCAGAUGACAGGCUACAAAAGGAUGAGACGUGAGCAUCAGGCAGCACUUCUCAAGCUGGAGGAACGAUGCAAGAUAGAAAUGGAAAACCAUAAACAGCUAUUGGACAAAGAAUACGAGUCUCUACUGCAACAGUUCAGCAAAGAGCUGGAGAAGCUGCAGAUAAGACAUCAGCAGGAGCUUGAAAAGAAGCUGAAGCAAAACCUGACGGCUGAGAAGAAACUGCAAAAGGAAAUAUGCGGGCGACAAGAGCAAGAUCGUAAGGCAUUUGAAACACAAAAGAAGAAGGAGUACAAAGCAAAUAAGGAAAGGUGGAAACGGGAGCUAAGCCUAGAUGAAUCAACCCCUAAGAGGCAACGGGAUGCCACAUUACAAACUCAGAAGGAUAACCUGAAACAGUUGGAAGCGCAGGAAGAGCAGCGGCUGAUACGGGGCCAAAAGGAAUAUCUUGACCUUGAAAUCCGCAAGUUCCGUAGAAAAAAGUUACUAAUUUUCCAUAGCCUCGAACAGGAAUUGUUACGAGAGGAACUGAAUAAGCGCCAACAGCAGCUUGAGCAGGCACACUCAAUGCUAUUGAGGCAUCAUGAGAAGACUCAGGAGCUGGAAUAUCGGCAACAAAAGGCAGUUCACCAGUUACGUGAAGAACAGAUCCAGCGACAGCAUGGCACCGAGCUGCAGAACCAGCAGGACUACAUGCAACGUUCAGAGAGGGAACUGCGAAAGAAGCAUGCCCUCGAACUGAAGCAGCAGCCAAAGAGUCUCAAGCAAAAGGAGAUGCAAAUCCGAAAACAGUUCCGUGAAACGUGUAAGAUACAGACACGCCAGUACAAAGCUCUGAAGGCGCAGAUCCUUCAAACAACAGCAAAGGAUGAACAAAAGGCGGUGAUUAAGAAGUUGAAGGAAGAACAGCGUAGGAAGCUUGCCUUGCUUGGUGACCAGUAUGAGCAGAGCAUUGCCGAAAUGCUUCAGAAACAGUCGAUCCGAUUGGACGAGUCACAGGAAGUUCAGUGUCAGAACUUAAAGGAGCGACUACACUAUGAACUGGAAAUCCUGAUGGCAUACCAGUCCAAGAACAAGAUGCAGGCUGAAGCUCAACGAAAUAGAGAGCGCAAGGAACUGGAGGACAGGGUAUCUGUCCGAAGGGCAUUACUUGAGCAGAAGAUGGAGCUGGAGACGCAGCAGUUUCUUCAGGAGAGGUCAGAGAGAAUUCGUUUGCUUCACGAGAGACAAGAUCGUGAACUGGAACAGUUUGAUGAAGAGUCAGCUAGGCUUGGCUUUAGUGCGUUGGCCAUAGCAGAGGCAUCCAAAGAGUCAUACCCUGACGACGAGAGUCUAUCAGGGAGCAUGCUGAGCCUGGCACAUAGUAACAGCUCAACAUCUUUCCCACCAGGGAGUCUCUAGCAUUGACGCAGUUCUCCCUGCCCAACCUAACUGCCAACCAAAAUAAAGUCAUUAUAGAAGUAUGUGCUGCUGAUUGGUGAACUAUUUUCCAAUCAGCAUGCGAUCCAUAAGAGUUUUUGCCAAUUGUUUUGAUAAAUGGUAUUUGCAUAACAGUUCGUGCUGCGGGUUUUGGUUACCACCAAAAAGGGCUACAGUAAGGCUUUGGUUCAUAUAGGUACAUACCCGACACGGCUUGUGACAUAUGUCGCAUAUUGGUAUGACAUAUCCGUCCUGUAUGGAUACCCUGACAUGCCUGUGAUGUAUGUAUGUGAAUACCUGGCUUAUCUUGUUAACCAUCAGUAUUGCUGACUCGUAAUUGCUAGCAAUACACCUCUACAGCUGGUACCUGGUGUGGGUAACAGGUGGAUGUGGUAAUUUGUUGUAUGUUAAUGGAUAUUUUGCAUAGCAGUGGCUAAUCCAAUGUAAGUCCCACUGUCAUUUGGGUGACCAAGCAUUGCUCAUGUUCUGUUGUGAAAUAGCUAAUGAAAGUGUUUAUUCUGUGGCUAGUUAAGCCUGGCUCACAAGUAUGCCCAGAACCUGUUGAUGGCGGAGAAUGACGUAUGGAGCAUGUCACCAUCUAAUGGCCAUUCAGAUUAUUCCUAUCCUGUGGGUGCCCUAGGAUGGUUCUUGAUAAGUUCAUUCCCUGUGGCUGAUAGAAUGUUCAUAUUCUUUGGUUGUCCUAGAAUGGUUUUUGGCCCCUUCACAAUUAAAUGUUUCAAAAAAAUUCAGUUAUCUUUCACUCUGACUGCAUAUAGCAACUCAAGAAUAACUGAAUAGAUUUUCAUGAUAUUUAACACUUCGCGGACCGGUGAUUUAAAUUUUUAAAUCACCCUGGGGACCGGCGUUUUUAAACCUACUACCCUAAC